AUGACUCCGGAGGAGGAGGAAAGAUGGAUUGCAUCCAUCAAGGCGGAGAAUGACGAGACAGCGCUAGAGAAGCUAAAACGGUUUCAGCGACCGAAAACUCAAGCAUUCUUUCAGGCGCCUUCGGGACAUCGCCUGCAUUUGCGGAUCCUACUACCAAGCGAUGAUUUGGAAGCACGGCAAGUGAAGGCGGUCAUCGUCCACUGCCACGGCAUGAACAGCCACGUGAACGGAGGGCAUUGGGCAGGUGAGUUCCUGCCUCGAUUGGCGAGAGAAGGCUUCGCAGUCUUUGGGGUAGACAUCAUGGGCCAUGGCUACAGCGAGGGCACCCGUGCCUUGAUACAGGACUGGCACCAUGUCUUUGCAGACUUGGAAGCUUUGACAGAGGCAAUUUUUGAUGUCGGUGACGAGCCAGUUCGCGCAGAGGUUUUCAAUGCGAAUAUGGCUCCAGAGAUUCUUGGACGACUCAGACAACGACCCCUCUUUAUUCAUGGUGCAAGCAUGGGUGGCAUGAUUUGCUUCCACCUUGGGAUGAGACUGCAGCGGCAUCCACGCCUGCAGAAGAUUUUCAAAGGUGCAACACUGGGCUGCCCGGCCUUGCAGGUGCCAAUGCCACCAGAGGCGGUGGUCUGCUUUCUCAACGCUUUUGUCGUUCCCUGUUUUUCACAUUCAGGGAUGCCUUCCAUUCUGAGCUCCAGCAGCAAAAUCAACUACGGCCACUCUUACGUCCUUAGCGAUCCGAAGCAGAAGAUGUAUGCUGAGAUGGAAAUGCGAGACGACCCGUUACGUUUUCCAGACGUAGGACUUGGCUGGACUCGAAAUACCCGGUGGGGAACUGCUGGAGCGUUCGCCAAAGUUUUCUCAAGCAUGGACAAGGAUAUGACGAAUGCAAAGUUCCCAUUCCUGAUUAUCCACGACCCGCAGGAUAAGAUUACCUUUUUCGAAGGCUCUGAAAAGUUGAUGGAACGCAGCCCAAGCAAUGACAAAGAAUUGCGCCGCUUCGACACAGGCGGUUUUCAUUGCAUUUGCUUCAUUGACCUAGAGGGAUAUGUUGGUGUCCAGUCAUCCUGGAUGAACCAGCGCUUGGCUUGA